GAAGGGGGCACGCCGAGUCGCGGACGCCGCCACGCCAUGGUGGGAGAAGAAACAGGCGCGAGCGAGGAGCACGAGUGCGGCGCGCGAGGCGAGCCAAUGAACGACUACGAGAAGGAGCGGCUGGCGCGGAUACGGGAGAACGAGGCGCGGCUCCAGGCCCUCGGCAUCCGCCGCCUCGCCGCCUCCCCUCUCCUCCACAGCGCGGCCCCGUCGGCGGCGGGCAAGGGAAAGCGGAAGGGCCGAGCCGCCGACGCGGACGAGGAGUACCUCCCAUCCGACGGCGGGGAGGAUGAGGAGGGCGGGGAAAGCUCGUCGACCAGCGACCAGGAUGGCGAGGAAGGGGAGGACUUCAAGUCUUCCUCUAGGUCUCGUAAAAAGGGAAAGAAAAAGAUGUUGAACUUAGGAAAAUCUUCGAAAAGUUUGUCUAGAAAAGAGAAUGCUCCCCUCGUUGAUUUUGUGGAUGAUGAUGCAGCUUUGCAACAGGCAAUUGCUCUGUCCUUGGCAGAGCCUUCAGAAAAUUAUGUGCCAGCAAUGAGUGCAGAUAUUUCAGGCACAAGAGUGAAAGGAAGUGAUAGCACUCCAUGCAAAAAGAAUAAAAGUGUACCAGUUCAAGACUCAACUAAAACAUGGAAGAUAAAAACGCAAGGCAAGGGCAGGAUACAACUGACAGAAGAUGAUGUGAUUGCAUUUUUCUUCUCAUUUGAUGAAGUUGGAAAAGGAUAUAUCACACCGUGGGAUCUUGAACGAAUGGCAACGGUGCACGAUUUCACCUGGACAGAUUAUGAGAUAUCAAAGAUGAUUCACUGCUUUGAUAGUGACAGAGAUGGAAAGAUUAACCUCGAGGAUUUCCGCGCCAUUGUAUCACGAUGCAACAUGUUGCAGGAGCCUGCGGAGUGAGGAUGACAACAUGAGACAAGAUCGGUCCAUUGUGUUUUUUGUUUUUGCGGACAGUGCCUUUUACCGAAACUCAAUUGAAGGCUGCUUCAGUUGGCCGUUAUAAGGGGUGCUGAUGUGCAAGGAAAUGGGACAAAGAAAGUGUGUCAUGACUGAAUGUAUCCUUUAUAGUGGCUUAGAACUGCACGAGCUUGUCAGGUCCAAGUUAAAAAGGUUUAUAUUGUUUCGCAUUUACUCUCACAUGUAGCUACCGUUGCGUUCGGCGUUGUCAUGUGGUGCAGACGGAUGAUUACUUGAGUACUCCAUCCUCAAGUGAAGAAAGAGUGAUAGUUUUGGGAUGUGCCUUUCUAAAUAUUGCUCUACUAGCUAAAUAUGAGUUAUACACAUGUUAGUAUUAUUUAGAACUUGUAUUUUGGAGAUAAAACAUAGAGCCAACAUAUAAGACUUUUAAAAUAUUUUAUAUACCUAAAGUAGUUGAUACGACAAUAUAUA